AAGUUGUCAGUCGUCAAUUCAAUAUUUUUUUGGUUAUAAAAAAAAAUCGAUAGAAAAUUUAUAAUUAUGUUCAAAAAUUUUGGUUGCCGCAUGUGUGGUAAUUUAGGACCAAUUCGACAAUGAAAAAAAAUAAAAUCAAUAACAUGGAAUUAAAAAAUUAUAUAUAAAUCAAUUGCUAAAAUUUCCAAAGAUGGUGUUUUCCGAAGUACCAGAUACGAGUUUCACUUGGAUAAUACCAGACUUUGAAAAUGUUUUAAAAUCCUCAAACGAUAUCAGUUUUUAUUCCCCUAAUUUUACAACCUCACAAGAUCCAAACAGAAAAUGGUAUAUGUUUCUCUGCUUGGAGGAAAAAUCGACAGAACAUUGUGAUCGGUGUAAAACGUACGAAAAAUAUUUAAAAAAUCGAGAUGAAAUUUCAAUAAGAGUAGGUAAAAAUAGUCCAGUUAGAAAAAAAAGUUCAACUGUGAAGGACACGCAACAAAAUGCAACCCUUCAACGAAUCUGCAAUCCAAAAUUCAAAAAGAAAAGAAUCUAUCUUAAAUUUAAAUGUGACGAAUUAUUUGGAGAAGCCCUCGAAUUAAAAGUUCAGAUUUCCAUAGUAAAUCCAACUGGAAAAAUGUUUAGCAGAAGUUUUAUACUUUCGGGGGAUGAAGUAAGCUACGUAUUUAAUGAUUUUAUUGAUCCCGAAGAUUUAGGCAAAUUUCUUGAUAAUGGAAAACUCGAAAUUCUUGCGGAAAUAUUUUUUCCGGAAAGAGCAACGAACCGAAAGAAUUUUGAAGAUUGUUUGAACGUAGAGUUUCUUAGCGAUGUCCAACUUCUGAUUGGUGAAGACCGAAUCUCUGCACACAAGGUCAUUCUAGCAUCCAAGAGUCCAUUUUUUAACGAAUUAUUUCUACACAACAAAGAAGUUAAUGUAGAAGACAUCAACCCGGAAGCCUUUAAAGAAAUUCUAAAAUACAUUUACACAGGAAAAAUAGAAAAUUGGUCCUUAAGUUGCGAAAUUUUAGCAGGUGCAAGUAAACUACAAAUCGAAGAUUUGAAAUUUGAAUGUGAACAACGCUUGAGAAAAAAUCUGACAGUUAAGAGCGUUAUCUCCAUUUUGAUAUUGGCAGAAGAUUCCAACGCAGAAUGUUUAAAACAACAUUGUCUCUGUUAUGUUUUGCAUCAUGUUAAUGAUAUCAAAAAGUCGGAAACUUUCCAAUCACUAAAAUCUGAACCGGGACUCAUUUUGGAAAUUUUGAGGAGAAUCUUUAACAAAUUUUCAAAAGGAGAAAUUCGGAUAUUUAAUAACAUAAAACUCUCCAAUUCGCAGACUGCAACCAGCAGGUGCUGUGAGUUUCUACAGGAUUACGAACCAUUUUUUAAUAGUGAAACUCUAAGUGAUAUCGAAAUUCAUGUAGGGGAGAAGAAAUAUCGAAGCCAUAAACUGAUUUUAGCUGCAAGGAGCCCGGUUUUUCGGGGCAUGCUUAUGAGCAAUAUGAAAGAGGCUCUUUCAAAUUUUGUAGAAAUUAAGGAUAUGAGUGCUGACGUUUUUGAGGAGUUGCUUAGGCACAUGUACACAGGAAAAGUGGAAAAUCUGCAAAAUCUAGGGCUCGAGAUUUUAAAAGCAGCCGAUAAGUACGAUUUGGAUCACCUCAAAAAUGUAUGUGAAGAAUUUAUAAACAAACGUUUGACACAUGAAAAUGUAGUGAAUAUUGUCAAAAUUGCCGACACUCAUAACGCUAAUUUCCUAAAGGAACAAUGUAUUUAUUUCACUGUGAAGGAGAUGGUAUACUUAGCAAAAAAGAAGAAAUCAUUCAUUUCAAUUGAGGACUUUGUUGAAACACAUCCUCAUAUUCUCUAUGAAAUACUGACAAUAUUGAGUAAAUUAUGUCACAUUGAAUAUCAGUCUUGAAAUUUAUUUCGUUCAUUAAUGGUAAUACAAAAACUACAAAAUUAUGUAAAUAUUUCUAUGCAAUUGGAAUCUAAA